CCCAUAAAUCUAUGACCAUCAUUCUCAAACCGAGUUUCUAGGUAACUCCAUCUCAAGUAGUAUUCAACGCUCUGUUUUUCUCUUUCUGUUAUUGACCUUCGAAGUGUUUUCAUAUGGAGGGCAACAAGCUUGAAGGAAGUGGCAAGACUAUAGAAGUGGGACUCUGGGGUGGAAAUGGUGGGACAAGCUGGGAUGAUGGAAUUCAUCACAGAGUGAGAGAGAUCACCCUCGCUUACGGGCACUGCAUAGAUUCAAUCCGUGUGGUGUACGACUUGAAUGGCAAACCCGUUCAAGGUGCGAGGCACGGAGGCUCUGGAGGCAAUAAUACUGCCGAGGUGAAACUGCAGUACCCGGAUGAGUUCUUGGUGUAUAUAAGCGGCCAUUACUGUCCCAUGGUGCAUGGAGGCAGCCCAAUCAUCAGAUCGCUCACGUUGAAGAGCAACAAGAGAACCUUUGGACCAUAUGGAUUUGAAGAGGGUACACCAUUUACUUUCCCGAUAGAAGGUGGCCGGAUUGUUGGAUUUAAGGGUAGAAGUGGCUGGUAUUUGGAUGCCAUCGGGUUUCAUAUAUCUCGAGUUCCUUCUACAAAGCUCCUUCAAAGGGUCAGCAAGACAUUUAAGAGACUCACCAGUAUAGCUCCGAACACCACUUCACGCCUCCGACUGUGAAGACUCCUACAAUCAGUCCUUGUCCCGGUGUUGAAGUUCUAAAGCUGUUGGAUUUCCAAUAAACAUAUGUAUAAAUUGUCUACUUAGCUUGAUUGACAUAUAUGUAAGCUUUUACCUUCACAGGCAUAAGUGCUAUUUAAUGUUUGAAUUUUUUA